AUGGUCCCGUCCCGGCUCAUCGCUUUUCCCGCGGCUCUGGCGGCCGCCCUCACCUUCUUCGUCGCCGCUGCCGAGCCGCACCAAGCCCAGCAAGUCGUCGCAUUGGAGUAUCCCUCCUCUUCAGGCAUCCGCUAUCGCUGCAAUCUGUCCGAGUAUGACUUCCCGCCAGCUCCAAGCGCUGCGUCGUCUGCUGCGGCUGCCCUCGUCGAGACAGUGUCGCUCGUGCUGGCUUCGCUGUCCUCCUCGACCUACACGCACUUUUCGUCCAUGUCCUAUGAGCACGGCAUCUACCGCACAGACUGCUCCUGUCUGAUCAGCUACAUUCUCAAUGCCGCUCCUGCGUCCCAGCCUGGAUCGCUGGCGCUGUACUUUGAGGACGUCCCCAAGGACGACAGUCCCACAGUAGCGCCCCCAAUGCCUCGCGCCGGACAGUAUGUCGGAUUCUUCCAGACGCUUUUGCGACAGCGCCAGGCCCACAGCCGAUGGAAAGCCGUUGCCAGCGUCCUGGACAUCCAGCGGGGCGACCUCAUCGGCUGGUCGAUCCCAAGUCGAGGCAGUCCGAGCGACACCGGGCAUAUCGUCGUGGCCAUGACGUCGUCGCAGCCAAGCGAUGUGAUGCAGUCUUCAUAUCCCUCUGUGUGGCUCCAAGUGUUUGAUGCAUCUCAAUCCAGGCACGAGGACGAUACCCGCUGCGACAGUAGAAGCUGCCACCCGGGUCUCGGCACCGGGUCGAUCCUGCUCUUCUACGACCCCGUCGAUGGCUCGCCAGUGGCGUUCAAGUUCCAUGCCCAAGCAACCUUCCGGGACUAUCCCAUAGCCAUGGCACGGCUGCUGUAG